GCGACGUUUCGCCUUCCUCUUUCUUCCUCCUUUUCUUCCCUGCUACGCAGUUGCUACAGAGCCAAAGUAAAUACGAGUAAACACAAAAUUAGGGUUUCAGAGAUCGAAAAUGGAGGUUACAGAGAACAUCAAAGAUUCCAACAACACUAGCAGUGUCGUCGAUUCCUCUGCGGAUAGUAAUGAUAUCAACAAAGAAAACGAAGAACGCCAGGCGCGGGACCUCAAAGCCGGUUUGCAUCCUCUCAAGCACAAGUAUGUAUUUUGGUACACUCGUCGAACACCUGGAUCACGACAAACAUCAUAUGAGGACAAUAUCAAGCAAAUUGUGGAUUUCAGUACUGUUGAAGGAUUUUGGGUCUGCUAUUGCCACUUGGCUCGCCCUUCUUCUUUGCCGAGUCCAACAGAUUUGCAUCUAUUCAAAGAGGGCAUUCGCCCAUUGUGGGAGGACUCAGCCAACAGCAAGGGUGGUAAGUGGAUAAUACGUUUCAAAAAGGUUGUUUCAGGUCGCUUUUGGGAAGAUCUGGUUCUUGCCUUAGUAGGUGAUCAGCUUGAUUAUGGAGAUAACAUAUGUGGUGCAGUGUUGAGUAUCCGUUUCAAUGAGGACAUAUUAAGUGUGUGGAAUCGAGAUGCAUCUGAUCAUCAGGCUGUGAUGGCCCUUAGAGAUUCAAUUAAAAGGCACUUAAAGCUCCCACACAGCUAUGUUAUGGAAUACAAGCCUCAUGAUGCUUCUCUGCGUGAUAAUUCAUCAUAUAGAAACACAUGGUUGAGAGGGUAGAGAUCUCUGAGAUGCUCUGAUUACCUAAUAAGAUCAUUAGCAUCUCAGAAACCGUUGCUCUAGAUCACUGCUUCAUCAGAAGUUCUUUCUCUGAUCAAAUUCGUUAAUCCUGCAUGAUGAAAUGAGAACCAUGUGAGUGUUGUAGGUAAAAAUCCUUCAGAUAGAACAUUAACACUACCAUCUGAUGAUUCUAAGUUGAAGGUAACAAUGCUUUUAUUUUAUAAAUGAAAUACUGUUACUUUCCUUGGAUUAGGAUAUUAUUUCUCAUUAACGAGUUGAUAUGCAAGAAAGCUGUGGAAAUUCAUACCCAUGGUUUCGAUUCAGCACAAUUUGCUAAAACUUCAUGUCAUCCUUGUUUUGAGUUCUUCGCGUGUUGAAAACUGCCACCCCUAAUGCAAGCUUCUUUUUCUCGUCUUAUAUUUUUCUUCAAUGUUGAGUUGCAUGAUAAAGAGUUAAGUCUAUU